AUGUUCAAAAGGCACAAGUUCCUUGCUUCAGAACGCAAGAGAGAAUUAACUUCCCCAGGAGCUACACGGUCCAUACUGAAGAAUGACCUGAGAAAUUUUCACUCUUUGUCGCAAUUUAUACUCUCAGCAGGCCCUCUAAGAUCAACUCCAGCAGUUAAACAUUCAAAAACUACUCACUUUGAGAUUGAAAUACUUGAUGCUCAAACCAGAAAGCAGAUAUGUAUUGUGGACAAGGUGACACAAAAAUCUACUAUUCAUGACGUGAAACAAAAAUUUCACAAAGCAUGUCCAAAGUGGUACCCUUCUCGAGUGGGCCUGCAGCUAGAACGUGGUGGGCCCUUUUUGAAGGACUACAUAACCAUUCAAAGUGUUGCAUCUUCCUCCAUUGUCACACUUUAUUUUACAGACCUAGGUCAACAAGUCAGUUGGACUACAGUAUUUUUGGCUGAAUACACAGGACCUCUGCUAAUAUAUCUCCUCUUUUAUUUGAGGAUCCCAUAUAUAUAUGACAUGAAAGAGAGCUCUAGAAGAUUACGUCACCCAGUAGUACACUUGGCCUGCUUCUGUCAUUGUAUACACUAUAUCCGAUACCUUUUGGAAACCUUAUUUGUUCACAAGGUUUCCGCAGGACAUACACCUUUGAAAAAUUUGAUAAAGAGUUGUGCCUUUUAUUGGGGAUUCACUUCUUGGAUUGCCUACUACAUUAAUCACCCACGGUAUACACCACCAUCAUUUGGAAACAGGCAAGUCACAGUAUCUGCUAUCAAUUUUCUGAUUUGUGAAGCUGGAAAUCAUUUCAUCAAUGUAGUGUUGGCUCAUCCCAAUCACACAGGAAAUAAUGCCUGUUUUCCAAGUCCAAAUUAUAACCCCUUUACGUGGAUGUUUUUCCUGGUUUCAUGUCCUAACUACACCUAUGAGAUUGGAUCAUGGAUUAGUUUCACAGUCAUGACGCAAACAUUGCCAGUUGGGAUUUUUACACUUCUGAUGAGUAUCCAGAUGUCUUUGUGGGCACAAAAGAAACAUAAGAUGUAUCUGAAGAAAUUCAGUUCUUAUAUGCAUAGGAAAUCAGCAAUGAUUCCAUUUAUACUGUAA